CACUGGCACAGACAUGGCCUCCCUAGCUGCGGCGCAGGUGCCCGGUGCGAGACCGGUCUACAACCCGCUGGAGGACGCCCUGGCCCCGGCGAGCAUCUUCGCUCCGGACCGGGGAGGCUGCGGGGACGACGCCGGGGACGAGAGCUUCGAGGACGAGGACCUGAUCAACGGGAUGCCCGAGGGCCGAGGGGUGGACUUCACCAACAAGCAGGCUCUUGUCAGCCCCAAUGGAGAGCAGUAUGACUCGUUAGUGCGCCAGCUCCGGGACCGGAUGGAGGAGGGAUGUGGAGAAACCAUCUACGUGGUCGGGAUGGGCUCAGACGGUGGUGACUGGGGUCUGGAUGAGAAAGAUAUGGAGGCCUCGGUGGCCACAGUGCACUCGAUGUGUGAGCAGCUGGACGCCGACCUCAUCCCACUGCGAGAGCGCAGCGAGGCGGCAGGUUUGGUGCACGACUAUCUGAUCCGCAGGCGUGUGGGCGAGCUGGACUUCCUGGAGGUCCGGGUUGCAGUGGUGGGGAACGUGGACGCUGGAAAGAGCACUCUCCUCGGGGUGCUGACGCAUGGAGAGCUGGACAACGGCCGGGGCUUCGCCCGCCAGAAGCUCUUCAGGCACAAGCACGAGAUGGAGAGUGGCCGGACCAGCAGUGUGGGCAACGACAUCCUGGGCUUCGACCAGGAGGGACAGGUGGUGAACAAACCCGACAGUCACGGAGGAAGUCUGGACUGGACCAAGAUCUGCGAGAAGUCCUCCAAGGUCAUAACCUUCAUAGACCUGGCCGGCCACGAGAAAUACCUGAAGACGACUGUGUUUGGGAUGACUGGACACCUGCCUGACUUCUGCAUGCUCAUGGUGGGCAGUAACGCAGGUAUCGUAGGGAUGACCAAAGAGCACCUGGGCCUGGCCCUGGCUCUGAAUGUGCCCGUGUUCGUGGUGGUAACCAAGAUAGACAUGUGUCCAGCCAACAUCCUGCAAGAGACACUGAAGCUGCUCCAGAGGUUACUGAAGUCUCCCGGUUGUAGGAAGAUCCCGGUCCUGGUGCAGAACAAGGAUGACGUCAUAGUCACAGCAUCAAACUUCAGCUCUGAGAGGAUGUGUCCCAUCUUUCAGAUUUCCAAUGUGAGCGGAGAGAACAUGGACCUGCUCAAGAUGUUUCUCAACCUGCUCUCUUCCAGGACUUCCUACCGAGACGAUCAGCCGGCAGAGUUCCAGAUAGACGACACCUACUCCGUGCCGGGAGUGGGCACCGUAGUCUCAGGAACUACUUUACGUGGACUCAUACGCCUGAAUGAUACCAUGCUCCUGGGGCCGGACCCCCUGGGCAGUUUCAUCACUAUCGCCGUCAAAUCAAUCCACCGCAAGAGAAUGCCCGUGAAGGAGGUCCGAGGUGGCCAGACCGCCUCGUUUGCUCUCAAAAAGAUCAAGCGUUCAUCCAUAAGGAAAGGAAUGGUGAUGGUGUCCCCGAAGUUGAGCCCACAGGCCACUUGGGAGUUUGAGGCCGAGAUCCUGGUGCUGCAUCACCCCACCACGAUAUCCCCCAGAUACCAGGCCAUGGUCCACUGUGGCAGCAUAAGGCAGACCGCCACCAUCUUGUCCAUGAACAGGGACUGCUUACGAACAGGGGACAAGGCUUCCGUCCACUUUCGCUUCAUCAAGACGCCCGAGUAUCUGCACUGUGACCAGAGGCUGGUCUUCAGAGAGGGUCGCACCAAGGCUGUGGGGACCAUCACCAAGCUGCUGCAUUCCACCAACAACUUGCCGUCAAAUUCCAAGCCACCACAAAUCAAAAUGCAGUCUACAAAAAGGGUGCCGCUCCGAAAAGAGGAAGGCACGGCGGUGGCCGGUGAUGACGUAGCGACGAUAGCACAGCCGGCGGGACCCAACACUACACAAGCAGGAGAGGGAGAUGAAGACCCUCAGAUAAAGGAGGGCAACAAAGAGAACAAGCCAAAGUCUGGAGGAGGUGGGAGGAGACGGGGGGGCCAGAGGCACAAGGGAAAAGGCCAGAACAGCAGCGCCAACUCCACAGCAGCUCCGUCCUCAUCGGGGACGGGAGGCUGCUGAACUUUCCUCCUCUUCCGCGCAAAACUCCCUCUGCGAUCACUCCACCAAGUGUCUUCAUCCCACAAACCAUGAGAGAUUCAGACGUUGGCAGAAAGACACUCUCCUUAGUCCAACUACUUCUUGCCUUUUCAUUUUAUAUUUACACCAGGUCUUAUUGUUUUUAAAAAGGGAACUCCAGGGGUGUUGUGUCCCAAACCGGAAGGCAUGCACCCUUUCUGUAUUUUAAUGUCCGCCGCCUUUGCGUCUUUGAAUGGUUUGAAUAAUGGCAAACAGUGAGGUUUCUGAGGUUAGCCUCACUCGGGAUGCUGAAUUAUGUAAUUUUGUUGUUGGAAUCUUUAAUUCAGUUCUCUGACUCGGUGUCAGCGGUGGGGAGGGUCUAUUACCAACAUGAGCAGCUAUAAAUACCCCUCCCCCCCAAUGCAUUCCCUGUGUAUUUGCAAUGAAAAACAAUUCAUAUUCUAUUUAUACUGCAUAUGUUAAAUAGCUGUUAGUAGUGCUCUGUUCAGAACGAUGCCACUGUAAAAAUGUAUGCAAAUCUCAAAUGAAUGUAGCAGAGGGCACAGUGAUUUCAAAUUCUAUAUAUAUAGAAAAUAUAUAAGCUGUUACGUUUUAUAAUUGUCAGUUAUUUAUUCAGCAGCAUACAUGCAGAACGUUGGCUUUCAGAUGGUCUGAAGGUCUUUCCACCUGCUCUCGUCUGCGCUUUUAAAACUCAAGUCGUAUCUGAUGCUUCCACCAUCACUCAUAUCCACGCACACUCCGUAUUCCAAUAAGUGUAAGUACAAACAAAUACAGCUCAUAAUCCCAUCAUUCCAACAGUUGUUCACAAUUUGAAAACAUGCAGUACUCGCAGUGAUACCUGUAACUCUAGUGCCCCAUGCGUUCAGGCCGGUUGCUGUUAACAUGUAACAUUUCAAACUUUGCCGCUUUAAAACCUGAAUGUUAAUAAACAGGCUUUACCGAACUUUCAA